UCCGUCGGUAACCAGCUGUUUUGUACCGUCGUUCCCUUUUUCCUUUGGCUGCCUAACCGGCCACCCGAAAGAUGUUCCGAAUUGGAUUAAAAUUUCCGUGCAACGGUCUAAAUAGGGUACGUAAAGUCAAAAAGCAUGGAUCUUCUAGGCUGUAUUUGACAACUAGAUGUUACGAGACACGUGCACGAGUUAAAUACGACCCGGAAUGUAGAUUUCCCAAGGAUAUGGAGCUUGUAUCCAGAAUAUCUGGACAUAGGUAUUCCACGGAUUCAACAAAGAGGUAUUCAAGCGAGAAAAGUAGAGGCUCAAGAACACUGUUAACUCUAACUGCCGUGGCAAUAGGAGCAUCGGGUGUAUUGUUUUACGCAAAGCAUAACCCGGAAUUCCGUGCAAAUCUUGAAAGGUGGGCACCUGGUACGGACAAAACAAUUCAGAUCAUCUUUCAGGAGGAAUCAUCCUAUUUUGAAUUCAUACAUACAUUCUUUGAAUCGUUAAAGCAAACAUUAUUAAGUGCCAUUUUUGGAGGAGAAUCACAAAAAGAAUCAGGUCAGAAAAGAUUAGAUUGCGCGAACCUUGAAGAUUAUAUACCACCAAAGCCAGUUUUUGUACCACUCAUUGAUAAGAAGGAACCACCUAAUAACGAACCUUAUACCGAAAUAAGAUUAAGUAAAGAAAAAGGAGAAGAAAUCGAAAUCGUGGCCGAAAAACCUCAGCCACUUGCCAAGGAUGUAUCCGAGGAAUUGAUGCCAGCAAAUCUGGUCGAACUGGAAACUUCUGCUGGCGAAACUGCAUCCAAAGCUAUCGCAGCUUAUCAAACAGCAGCGUGUGCUAUUCACGAUUACAAUCAAGAUGUGAUAAAAGUCGUAGAAAGUGUUAACGCCACCGUUGGUAGCUCUGUCUGGAACAGACUAAAGGAUGCAACGGACAAGAGGAGGGAGGCCAUUAAAGAGGCGGAAGACCACGCCAAUCAAGCACUCGAUUCGUUGAAAAAGAUGUAUAAUUUAAUGGACGACCCUAAAUUCGAGGCGCCGUCACACAUGAAAACUGCCGCUCGAAGAAAUAUCAAGAAAAUUUUAGAUGAUGUGGACGAAGCGAAGAAAAAGUACGAAAUGGAAAUACAAAGUAGCAAUAUGGCCGAGCGUUACUGGAAGCAAGUUAGAACUGCCCGUGAAAAUCUCAACGAAGAACUCCAGAUACUCUUCCCCGAUAUCAACAUUCACGAGAAAAAAUUGGCCAUCGACGAAGACGCUUUUGACUUAUUCGUUCUACACAUGUAUAACAAAGUGAAUGGUUUGCAAAAGGAAUUGGAAAAAAUGAGGACGGUCAACGAGAGCAAACUCAAGGCAGCAUUAAAAUCAUCGGGCGACGUAGCCACUCAGGAAAGACUCGACGCCUUGGUAUGCCUCGAGCUGGACAAGGAGAAGCAAAUUCUUCAGGACGAGUUUAACAAAAAGUUGCUGGAGGAGCAGAAAAGAUUCGAGGACGAGAUACGACGGCAGCUGAAACUGCAAGGGCAGGUGCACACCGAUCACAUUCAGGACGCACUUGCGAUAAAGGAACAAGAAGCGGAUAGGAAGUUGAAACGUGCACUCAGCGAGCAAACUGAGAAAGAUUCGUUAAAGUAUAAGUCACAGCUUGCUGCAAUCGUCGGAAGGUUACGUGGUUUGGAAGCUGCGCUGAAAGCUCGCAUGGAGGAAGAAAGGGGUGCAUCGAAUGCUCAAAUUCUUUGGUCAGCUUGCCAAGCCUUAGCUCGAGCUGUUAAAUCAGCACCAGCAGGUGCGCCCGUAGAGGAAGUCAUUAGGCCUCUGGAACCGGAAAUCAAGGCCGUCAGCAAGGCAGCACCCAAGGAGGAUCCUUUGGUGCAAGCAGCGAUUCAAGGCAUUCCAGAGGAGGCUGCGAAGAGGGGAGUGUUCCCAGAAGACGUGCUUCGUGCAAGGUUCCUCAAGGUGGAAGAGGUGGCCAGACGAUUAGCCAUGGUACCCGAGGAAGGUGCUGCACUGCCUGUUUAUUUCCUUAGUUAUCUUCAAAGCUACUUGAUGAUUAAAAACGCCAAUCCCAUUCCCCAAAGUGAGAUCGAGGACAAGCCGAUUGAUGCGAGCAAUCUUAACACAUUCGAGAUUCUUCAUCGGGCCAGAUAUUGGCUCGAUCGUGGGGACUUCAAGAUGACUCUCCGCUACAUGAACCUCCUGAAAGGAGCGUCAAGAUCCAUCGCCAAAGACUGGAUGAAAGAAACUAGGAUCCUUCUGGAGACUCAGCAGGCGGUGGACACGCUAUUGGCGUAUGCUGGUGCUAUAGGUCUAGUAUUCCUCGGCGCUGGAGAUUCGAAGUGUUCCAGCAAGCCUCACUUGGAAAAAGCCGUGGACAGACGAGGGAGGAGAAUGCCCGCGUGGAAACGUCAUCGAAGAAGAAGAAUUCUUGCGCGGAAACGUCGUCAAAGAAGGCUGAGGACACGUGGAUGGACAUAUAACAGCGUUCAGACUGCUAUCGAUCGUAUUCUCGGAUGGAAAUUGUGGAAAGAUGGGAAAAAGACAUCUGGGAUUUCUGCGAAUGCAAAAGGAGCGAAAUUUCAGGUUUCUUUGCAGUUAGACUUAAGCUGGAAUGAGGAAACAGGGAAAAGGAUCUUUCUGGUGCAGAGAGAUUCGUAGAAUAUUACGAUUACGAUUACGAUUUAACGAAUUUUUAAAAUCUGUAUUUCCCGCAAGAACGUUUUUAUCGAACUUCUUGGAUAAAAAAUUACCAUUUACCACCAUUGCGAUGUGCGGAUAUUUAAUCAAUAGGAUCAUACGAUAUUUUCACGAAUGAGAAACGAAAAGCAUGAAAUUUUUGCCGAAUACAUUCUGUAUUUUCUUUGACUAUAAAGUAUUGUGUAACGAUUAAGAGAAAUAUUAUUAUUGUUGUUGUUGUUGUUAUUAUUAUUAUUAUCAUUAUUGUUGUUGUUGUUGUUGUUAUCAUUACCAUUACUAUCAUUAUCGCUAUCGUUAUUAUUGUUGUGAUAUACAUAUGUUUUGUUUAAUAUUAAUAUACGAUUGAUAUCAAAGUGUUCAACAGAAAUAGGCAUAAGACAAUUAGAGUGUAGCAGAAGAUGCGUAUUUCCUAACAUUUCGAACGAACAAAUGGAAGUGUUAAGUCGAGGAUACGUUGCUGUUUCCUGUGAAACGUUUCUAAAAAAAAAGGAAAAAAGAAAUAAGAGAUAAACAAAAAUAAAUAAAUAAAUAAAUAAAUAAAGCAUAAAAAGGAAGAAACAAGGAGAAAUAUUCAAAAAUUUUAGGAAGGAGGUUAUCUGUCUUAACAUAGAAAAAUAUGAAAUCUGCACAGUGGAAGGUUAUCUGCAGGAUUAAAUCGUUUUAUUUCGCGUUUCCGUUCGUUAAUCCCGGAUUUAUCACAUACAUACCCACUAUCUGGGGUACCGCUCGUUUCAGACAAAGAACCAGAGGACUUUGAAAAAGUUGGCGAGUUUGUGCAGCAGCCACAAAAUCUGAUCAAAAUCUGCUUGUUUCAGACAACAUUGUAGGCGUUUCGCGACGAUCGAUGUGCGAAAAUAUUAAACAAGCGAAAGUAGACUUUUUAAGUUGUAAAAGGAAGAACGUUGGGUGGUGUGCAAAAUAUUUAGGUAUUCGAAAUUUGUUCAUCUUAUUAGCGUUUAAAUUGUAUAUGGUAAUUAAAUCAUUUAUAAAUAUUUUAUUUGUUUAUUUAAUUUUUCUUUUAUUUCUUUUAUUUCUUUUGAUAAGAAAAAAACACGAAAAAUGUAUCAGUAUUACUUUUCCAAAAAGAAAUUAAUUAAUGACAAUUUCAGCCAAAAAAGAAUUAUUUUGUACAUCUAUUAAAUAUGAAGAUAAUUUAAUUGAAUAGUAUGGCGUUUGAUAUGAAGUGCUAUGAAUGCUACUGCUGGUGUAGAUGUCGCAGCUGAGGUACUGCUGCUUCCUUCUCAUUAAGGUGCCAUGGAAGAAAAAUCGGACUAUGGGCGCCAAGAUUUGAAACCAGGUUCCAAACGUUUGUAAACCAAAGGCGCUAACCACUGCGCUGCCGUCGUCCGGUCAUAGUUAUUGUCGAGUGCCGCCACAGAUAUCUUUUUAAAAUAUUGUAAAGUGCCAUUUCGCGAAAGAUCUCGAGCAAACUUUAACUAUUUCAUCGUAUCUUGUAAGGAUAGCUGCUGAAAAAUUCUAAUUUAAUCUACAAACAUGAUCACAGGAAGUAGCCACGAAUUUUCCAAGUCCACACACUCUGCUAUAGUGUUACGUUCUCCUCGUAACCAUUCGUUCUAUACAAUCCAAGAUACUAAUUUGCCAUCCUUUUGGUUCGAUAUAAUUGAAAAAAAAAAUUCAAGCCUUACCAACACCAUCUUUGGAUGGUUCAGAAUUUAUAGUAUCCCAUAACAACGUCUAUGCGGUCUGAACGAAUUGCUACUGUUAUCUCUUGACUUUAAAUCAAAUAAUAGAAUAAAUGUCCGAAAAAACGAAAAAUCCAUACAAUACUUUGAAUAAUCCUCGAACAUGAAAGAACUUUAAACCAGAUGACUACCCCUUUUGAAACGAGUCACUAAGAGACUUGUCGAUGAGGUAGGUUUCUCCUAUUUUUCACACACUUUCUCUCUCUCGCGCGCGCGCGCGUGCGCGCCCAUUUCUUCCUUUUCUUUCAUUUGUCCGUAUUUAGUAGAGUUUGGGAGAGCUCAUUUACCACGUGUCAUGCUUCAGGAUGGAACACUGAAGAGAAAAUGUUGCUUUUUCUGUGCUUCUCCUUUACCUGCUGAAGAUGAAGCGUUUAGGUUAGUCUAAUAGUUAAAUAGGCGCACAGUUACUUAAAUAAAGCUUGUUCCUACUUAGAAUUGGCAAAACAGAAUGAGAAUAACUCACAGAAUUUGACGAUAACGAAGUCUAUCGGUGGCAGAGGGUGAAAUACCUCUGGUACGUCUUGAAUGAUGAGUAGGGAUCGAACGAAAAAACGAGACAAAUGGGAGUAAAUCACGUAUUGUAAAUGGCAUGUACACUUUUGUAAAAAAAGUUUAAUUGCUUCAAUGUGAAGCGAUUAUCAAGCCGAGAGAUACGAGCAAUAAAUGGUAUUCGUCAUUGA